AUGACUAGACAACUGUCUCUGUAUCUGCUGCCACUCUGGAUACGCAACCCUCUAGCUCUCGAAGGACACCGCAUUCCGGUUACUCUCCGCUCAGCUUUGGGUAGUAGCAGCACCACCGUCGUUAAUUCCGAGUCAUCUCUUAAACCGUCCAGUUUCCCCUUCCUUACCAGAACUUACGGAACGAAACGCCUCUCCGGCAUUCCCGUCAAGGCCGUCAAGCUGGAUCCUCAACUCCUCCCGCCCAUCUCCUACUCGCAGACCCGGGGACCCAACGACGUGCCGCCAUAUUACGGCAACUCCGCUACCCAGCGCCCGCCGUAUGCAAGUGAGAGACUGCCGUCACUGCCAUUUCCCCAACCGCCAUUGGCAUACUCCUCGGGUGCCUCUUCUCCCCGGGUCAGCUCGAUUGGAUCUGCUGUGAGCUCAAACGGCGAAUCCCAGUCCUCCUUCACUUCUGCCUCAUCCGCUCCCUCCUCGAACGGCCCCAAGACGCCUUCGCCCAACCUCCCUGUGACUGGUAUUUCCGGAGGAUACGACCAAUACUCGGCAAUGAACUCUGCAGGUAACGACAUGUAUUAUCCUCAGCACAUGUCCGCGGGGCCUGCGCCUCCCCCUCAGACCGUAACCUCCAACGCACUACCACACUACGGCCACCAGCAGCCGCCGUUAUUACAGCCUGGUCCUGCCCAGUACUCUACCGCUCCCUACCCCCAGUAUGGCUACUCGAAUGGACUGACGUCCCCUCAAUCCGCUCCUCCUGCGGUCUCGAAUUCGAUGGGGGCCAAUGUUCUUCCGCCACCAGGCGUGCAUCAGCCCGCCAUGCAGAACAGCUACCAGGGCAUGGAUACGACCGGACAGGUUGCGCCGCCGGGUAUGAAACCCCGUGUGACAGCCACUCUGUGGGAAGACGAAGGAAGUUUGUGUUUCCAGGUUGAAGCCAGGGGUAUCUGUGUUGCGCGUCGUGAAGAUAACCACAUGAUCAACGGCACAAAACUGCUCAACGUUGCCGGUAUGACCCGUGGUAGACGUGACGGAAUUUUGAAGAGUGAAAAGGUCCGCCACGUUGUAAAGAUUGGCCCCAUGCACUUGAAGGGCGUCUGGAUUCCUUUUGAGAGGGCUCUGGAUUUUGCGAACAAGGAGAAGAUUACAGAAAUGUUGUACCCUCUCUUCGUUCACAACAUUGGUGCAUUGCUUUACCAUCCUACCAACCAGACCAGGACGAACCAGGUGAUGGCUGCCGCUGAGCGCCGCAAGGCAGAGCAGAACCAGAUGCGUGGAGGGCCUGGUGGACCAGCUCCUCCCUCAGGUGUUCUGCCUUCGAUACAACAACAUCAUCAUCACAUGGGCUUGCCGGGGCCGCAGUCCUCAGUUCCCUCGCACAACUCUUCCGGACGGCCUUCCCUAGACAGGGCUCAUACCUUCCCCACCCCGCCCACGAGUGCAUCAAGUGUAAUGGGCAGCAUGCCUUCAGACAAUUUCAACUGGAAUCAGCAGGGCAUGAGUGGCGCACCAAACAAUAACCCCAUGUCGAUAGACACUGGCCUGAGCAAUACCCGCUCCAUGCCAGCAACCCCGGCGACUACCCCUCCCGGUGGUUCACUACAGAGCAUGCAAAGCUACCCUCAAGGAACUCAGUCGUACGAUGCGUCUCGUGGGGUAUACAAUGCUUCUGGCCCUCAACAGUCUCCCUACCCACCAACAAACACCAGCCCCCAGGACCGCAACUCGUAUGGCCAAAGUAAUUACAUGAGAGGUGAUAUGGCGCCCCCUUCGGGCAGACCUGCCGGCCCAGGCGAACAAGACGUCAAGCCACCGAACGGCAUGAUUCACCAAGGCCAGCCCGGCGAACAACUGCCUCAAAGCACCGGCGAAGAUGAGGCCGACCACGAAGCUGAGUAUACCCACGACAGCGGGGCAUAUGAUGCCAGCCGCAAUGCUUACAACUACAACGCCCCGCCGGUUGCCUCUCUAUCCGGCGAGCAUGUCUCUGGCGACAUGGCUGGCUCUCCUGGCCACCAGGCAGGGUCUGGUCGGGCAACUCCUCGAACAACCAACCCGUCGCAAGGAUACUACUCCCAGCAGACCGGCUACAACACUCCCCCGCGAGUCGCACCUUCCAGCAACCUUUAUAAUGUAAUGAGCAAUGACAGGGGAACAACGAAUGGCGCACCCAGCGACGUCUACGGGUCACAAAAUGACAUGGGAGCAAUGCAGAACGGCUACGUGCCGCCCAUCAUGAACGGCGCACCUGGUGCGAUGAAGCGCGGACGUGACGAGGACGAUGAGCGACCUGGUAGCGCCAGCCUGGACAUGAAGCGACGGAAAAUGACCCUAGACGGUGCUAUGCCCUCCACGAAUUUCGACCCCAUGAACCGACCCCCCUCUGCUGUCUCGCAACUUCGACGAUAA